AUGUUUGACGAGAAAUACGAAAGAAUUGAUCGAAGAAGUGGAACCAAUUUCCACUACUUCCUUCUCUUACCAUGCUUAGUCUUCUUUGGCUUCUAUAGUUUAUUCAACCAUAGUGUCUUUGAGUUUUCCUUUACUGAACAAGACAUUGAUCCCAAGAAAGUUGUCUUGGAUGCACUUGAAACUAAUUUAGCCUCCAACUGGUCUAGAAAAUACACCGCAGAACCUCAUUUAGCCGGAACCAACUACGGUCUCGUGAAAUGGACCGAAGAAAAAUUUGCUGAAUACGGGUUUGACACAACCAUUGACCCAUAUGAGAUUUAUGUCAGUUAUCCUAAUGAUCAUGAUUUAAAUUUAGUUAAUCUGAGUGGUGAUGUGAUUUACAAGGCACCUCUCAAGGAAGAUGAAUUAAAAAAGGAUCCAACUACUAAAGGUAAUGACACAAUCCCAACUUUUUUGGGUUACGCUGCAAAUGGUAACGUAACUGCCGAGUAUGUAUAUGCAAACUAUGGUACUAGAGAAGAUUUCGAUACUUUGAAGGAAAAUAAUGUUAAUGUAACUGGCAAAAUUGUCAUUGUCAGAUAUGGAAAGAUCUUUAGAGGAUUGAAGGUAAAGUUUGCCCAAGACAAUGGUGCAAUUGGGGUAUUACUUUAUUCUGAUCCAGGAGAUGAUCAUGGAAUUACUCCUGCCAAUGGUUACAAGCAAUAUCCUCAUGGCCCAGCUCGUCAAGAAAGUUCAGUUCAAAGAGGAAGUGUACAAUUCUUGGGUGGAAUUGGUUCGGCACCUGGUGAUCCAACCACUCCAGGAUAUCCUUCAAAGCCUGGUGCUGAACGUCAAGAUCCUCAUGCCAGUAUCGGUAAGAUCCCUGCUUUACCUAUUUCUUACCGUGAAGUUAAACCAAUCUUGGCUAAAUUGAACGGACAAGGGAAAAAGAUCAAAGGAUUUGAAGGUGAAUUGGAAGGGUUCAAGUACUAUACUGGUCCUAACAGCAACUAUACCUUGAAUUUGUAUAAUGACCAAAUCUAUAAUAUUACUACUAUGUGGAAUGUUUAUGGUGAAAUCAAGGGUGAAAAAACCGACGAGGUUAUUAUUAUUGGUAACCAUAGAGAUGCUUGGAUCAAGGGUGGUGCAGGUGACCCAAAUAGUGGAUCUGCUGUGCUUUUGGAAGUUGCUCGUGCGUUAGGGGAGUUGAAAAAGGCAGGUUACAAAUUCAAACGUACUAUUGUCUUGCAUAGUUACGAUGGUGAAGAAUAUGGACUUUUAGGAUCUACUGAGCAAGGUGAAUUCUUUGCUGAUAAAUAUCAACGUGAAGUUAUUGCUUAUUUGAACUUAGAUGUUGCUGUGAGCGGCAAACAUUUCAAGUUGGGCUCAUCUCCAGUAUUAAACAAAAUAUUGCUUGAAAUUGCUAAGGAGUUGGUUUACCCAGAGGAAGGAGUAGGAUCAUUAUAUGACCACUAUGUUAAAGCUAAAGGGGGUGAACACAUCCCAACUCUUGGAUCUGGUUCUGAUUACACUGUUUACUUAGAACAUUUGGGUAUUCCUUCCGUAGAUCUUGGUUUCCAAGAAGGAAAAGAAGACCCAGUAUACCAUUACCAUUCAAACUAUGAUUCAUAUUAUUGGAUUUCCGAGUUUGCCGACAAGGGAUUUGUAUAUCACAAUUUGGCUGCUAAAUACCUUGCUCUCUUAACUCUUGGAAUUAGUGAGCGAGAAUUAAUCAAUUUUGGUUUACAAGAUUAUUCCAAGGGAUUAUUACUGUACUUGAAUACCACCAUUUCAAGAGUUCCAAAAGAAUGGUUGUCCAAACCAAUCAAACUUCAAGAAUGUUAUGAUUGGAGCGACUCAGUUUAUAUCAGCAAGGUUACGAACGGUUACUAUGCACCUGACCGCCCUCAUGGUACACGUAGCAUGAUGAUGAAGUAUACGCUGAAUUUGAAGAACAAACACACUUUAGAAACUGUUAUUGAUCAUGCUUUUGAGAAUUUGCAUUCUUUGCAUAAUUCUACCUUGUCAUUUGAUGCACAAACUGCUUAUUUGCAAGAGAAGUUUGAAGAGCCAAAUCAGCCAUUCUGGCAGAAAAUCAGAUUGCACUACCAAAUUAAAUACCAUAACAAGUACCUUCAAUAUUUUGAACGUAAUUUCUUACACAGCAAGGGAUUACAUGAACGUCCAUGGUUCAAACAUAUUAUAUUUGCCAGUGGUAGAUACACUGGUUAUGCUGGUCAGAAUUUGCCUGGUUUGAAUGAAGCCAUUGAAGAUGAGGAUUUUGACAGAUUUGUGAGAUGGUUAAAAAUUGUUUCAAAGACUGCUAAGCGAGUUUCUAAACGUUUACAUAACUAA